AUGGCUGGCCUACCACCUGAGACAAUCCAUGUGAAGCGCAAACGUGGCACUGAUGACAACCCUGUUGACUUUUUGCGCCUUGAAAGAAGCAAGCGCUACCGUCUGUCUGGCGAGAGCGGUUGGGUCUAUCAGCGCAAGGUUCCCGAGAAUGAGAUCACCCGCCAUGUGGUCGAACCCGCAACCUCUGUGGUCCCGACGAUCCAGCCCACCAAGAAGGGCGAUGAGCAUCGCUUGCGAGGGGUGACGAAUAAGGGCCGCGAUGUCCCCGCUGCCGCGCGAGGAUCGACUCCAUCUUCGACUCCUAAGAGUACUGGGUCCUCUGAGACAGUCACGACAGCGCAAUCCGAGGGGCAAACAACAGACCAAUCACCAUCGGAUCGCAUUCGCCGAUUUCACUUGUCAAAGGCCAGCUCACUCCAACUCACCUCUGGCGUGUCCAAGAAGCGCAGUGCCCCCGCCGUAUUCGUAGAAAGAGACGCGAAAAAACAGCGAGAGUCGCUCAAGAGUCUCGUUGAGGAACGCAACAUCACAGUUACGGAGCAUUCUUUGAAGGGACUAGAGUGGACAGCUGCACCCGCUUCGCAAGCACCUCCUGCUAAAUUGAAGCGCCCCGGACUUCGCGCUCGCACCAAGCCGACAACGAGUGCAUCUGUAGCAGAGUCUUCCAAGACCGGGACCCAGACCGAGACCUCUAAGUCAGAAUCUCAGACAAAAACUUCCAAACUCCCCCCCUCCCUGCGCAAUCGUGAAUCCGACGCCGACAUGAACCAGCUCGCCCGUAUUAUGGAUAGUUGGACGCUGGAGGAGAUCACGAAGAAUUUGGACCGCAUGGAAGAAGAUAAAACGACAUCCAAGUUCAGUGCCCCAUCUCCGUACAAGUCGAGGUUCCGCCCGAAGGCCCCUAAGCUACGCUGGUUUGAGCGCCACCCAGAAGCAGCCGCGCAACAACAGCAAAAGGGGGUUAAGGGUGCCGAGAACAUGAAUAUCGACGUGGCGGUCGCCGAUGGCGAUGUGGCAGACUCAGAUGACGAUUAUAUUAUUGAGACCUACGAGCGUGUGCCCAUCGAGCGGCUACAUGAAAAGAACGUGCCGGAAGACAAAGUUGGAUUACUGGUGUUUGACUCGGAGCCCGAUAUGGUCGAGUUUUUCUAUGGGAACGAGGAGGAUAGUGAUGAUCAGUUCCCAGAGGAUGAGGAAGACGAGAACGCCGAGAACUACUAUACACACGAGUACCCAGAUGAGGAUCUCGAUUGGGAUGACGAGCUCGAUCGUGAUCCGUAUCAAUAUACGAACCAGAACGCGUCCGAUAGGGAAGAAUACGACGAGCGGGAUUUCAUUGAUGAAGUAUGGGAUCGCUGUGACAGGGAAGAUGAUGAUGACAAUAAGGGAGGAACAGAGGAGUUACCUCCGUGGAGGCCGCGAUGGUAG